AUGGCUAUGAAUUCUUCUAGUGCAUCCAAUGCAAACACCACAAACAAUAUAUGUGGUUCAUUGCCUUCUUCUGCGCAAUCUAGGGAUCCGGCAUGGGAAUGGGGUGAACGCAAAGACCCAGAAAAUCCAAAUAUUAUUACCUGUUUGUUAUGUAACAAAUUAAUCCGUGGUGGUGGAAUCACAAGGCUUAAGGAGCAUCUCGUAGGAAAGUCAGGGAAUACUUCACCAUGUCCGAAUGCAACCACUUCUGUUAUCAACAAAGUAAAUCAGUUGUUUGCUGUAAAGAAGACCAAAAAUGCUCAUAGGGCUAACAUUGAUUUAGCGUACCAGCGUACAUUCAAAUCUGAUGAAGGCUCUGAUGUUGACACAGAUGUUGGGGAACAAGAAGUUGAAAUUGAUGGCAAUGUUGGCAGUGGUAGUGGUGUUGUUUUACAUGUUCAAAAUCAGACGAAGAGAAAGCGAAUAACCCAAAGUAAUACAAGAGGUCCUAUUGAUUUAUAUAUGAGGACAGAUCACAAGAAAACUCAAAAGGUCACCGCUGAAAGGAACUGUGCAGUGAAAAAGAAGUUAUUGAAGACUGCAUGGAAAUGCAUAUCAUCUUGGAUGACUGAGAAUUCAGUGGCAUUUAAUACCGUUCGUUGCCCAAGUUUCAAAGAAAUGAUCUUUGCAAUUGGUGAUUACGGGAAAGGUUCAGUAUUUUUGAAGUCUGUGGAUGCCUCAGAUAGAACCAAUGAUGCUGAUUUCAUUCGUAAGCUUGUAAAGGAGGUAAUUGCUGAUGUUGGUGCAGAAAAUGUGGUUCAGUUCAUUACUGAUAAUGGUUCUAACUUCAAAAAGGCAGGGAAGGACUUAAUGCUUGAAUACCCACAUAUAUUUUGGACUCCUUGUGGUGCUCAUUAUGUUCAGUUGAUGCUAGAAGAACUUGGUUCCAAGCUUCCAAGAAUCAAGACAGCCGUCAUACUAGGUACGAGACUAGUUACAUAUAUUUAUGCUCAUUUUCAAGUAUUGAGCUUAAUGAGGGAGUUGACUGGUGCAGACUUACAUAGGUCUACAAAAACUAGAUUUGCAACUCAAUAUUACACACUAGAGAGUCUUCAAAAGUAUAAAACUCCUCUGCAAAUGGUGUUUGUGAAUGAUAGGUGGGUAAAAACUAGGUUUGCAAGAGAAAAUUUGGGAGUAAAUGCACUUAAAAUUGUUACAAGUAUCAAAUUUUGGGAAGAUGUCGAUUACUCUCGUAGGGUGCUAAAGCCUUUAGUUAAGGUAGUAAGAUUAGUGGAUAUCGAACGCAAACCUACAAUGCCUUCUUUUUAUGAGGCAAUGAGAAUAGCAAGGGAUCAACUUGAGAAGAAUUUGGGUGAAGAUAAUGAUACUUGGGUUAUAGUUAAGGCUGUUUUUGAUAAGAGAUGGAAGAAUAACUUUAAUCAUCCUCUACAUUGUGCGGCUUAUUAUCUAAAUCCUUCCAUAUUCUAUAAGAUUCCAGCUCAUUUGAUGGAUAAUGGUCCAAAGUACAUAGAAAUCAAAAGGGGACUUCAUACAGCUAUGGAAAAGCUUAUAACCAAUGAAGAUGAACUUGAGAUGGCAACAACUGAAUUGAGAAUGUACAACGAUGCUUAUGGAAUCCUAGGAAGUCAGACUUGCAAAAAAAGAAGAGACAAAGAUCAACCUCGUAAGUUUUCCUGUACUCGUCGUUAUAAAGAAAUUGCAGAAUAUAAUGAUGAUGGGAAAGCUCGUGACCCUAUUUUUCUUGAUGAGCAUGAUGAAAAUGAUGAAUGGUUGGAUCCACAGAACUUACAUGACUUGGCUGUAGAAGGUGAUAAUGUAACUUUGGAUGAUUUGCAAGAUAUUCUUGGCGAAGAAAGUCGUCCAGUUGAUAGUAGAGGUGCAUGUAGCUCUCGAAGCAAGUCUACUUACCCAACUGAUUCUGAAUAUGAUGGCUAUGAUACUGAUCAAUUGAUGUUAGACACUGAUAAUGGACUACUUGAUGGAGCUAAUGGAGCUACUGAAGAUGAUGAUAUCUAUUAUUUAGAAUAA